AUGGAGUCUUCGGGCAUACCAGAUUGUAAUCAAGACACAGCCAUAGAAGCAUUCCAGAUAGCCAUGGUGCAGGGCUCACAUUUUCAUUCUUCUCUGGUGAAGAAGACCCCAACUAACAUGUCAAAGCUGAAUUCACGGGCACAAAACUACAUCAGACUUGAAGAAAAUGAAGUAACUAGGCAGCAGAGAGCGACACUGGUCACAGUAGAGAAUCGACCGAAGGAGCGAUCGAGCACCCCGGGGGCCCAUCGGAAACCCCCGACUAUUGAGGGACGAGCCCCUGAAAAAAAAUCUCGAACAACUGAAAGGGUCACGCCGCUCAAAGUAACACUGGCCAGACUGUACCAUGAGACCAAGGCAAGAAACAUCUUCCAGAUCCCACCGCCAAUCAAACAGCCAAUGGAGCAAAGAGACCAGAAUAAAUACUGUGCAUUCCACAGUAAUUUUGGCCACCUGACUAAUGAUUGUAGGAGCUUGAGAAGACAGGUGGAAGCGUUAAUAGCCAAGGGUGAGUUAACUAAAUACUUGAUUACCCCAGGGCAGCAAAGGCAGCAAGAUCGAGCUCGGGCAAUUCCAAUAGCCGUGAUAGAGAGCCAUCCUGUCCGGGUAAUUAACACAAUUCAUGGCCGUCCGGAAGAAGACAAGCAAUCAGGAAAUUCCUACAGGAUCCAACUCAAACCUGCCCAUAAGCUGCGAAGGAUUGGGGAAAUCAAUACCGUCGACUGCAAACCCAAUCCAGCACAAGUUUCUUUUCCUAAAGGGGAUCUCAGAAGGUUAAAAUUGGCUGCAGACCAGAUUCGUCCCAUUAAAAGUCCUUUGGUAGGAUUUGAUGGAAGAAGAGUGGAGCCUACAGGUGUGAUCACGCUAUCAGUCACUGCUACUAAAAGAUCUCUAAAAGAGAACUUCGUGAUUGUGGAUAUUCACCCGACCUACAAUUUGCUAAUGGGUCAAGGAUGGAUCCACCGCAUGGAAGGAGUCCCAUUAACCCUGCACCAAGUCAUGAGAUGCAUAAGCCCGAAUGGUCAAGAGGUCAUCGAUAUCUUGGGGGACCAGGUCACAGCAAAGAAGUGCUACCACACGACGGUUUAUCCUUCCGAAAAAGAUAAGAAAUUGCUAAAAUAG